AUGCCGGUCGGUAGGGCCUUUCUGCGUGUGAAAGGGUUCCCACGCAGAGGGGGACGACGAGAACGAGAACGAGAACGCUUCCAAGCAGUUUUCUUUUUCCUGUUUCCACCCUAUUCUGCCCAGGCAAAAAAAAAAAAAAAAACCAGGAAAAAAAGAAAGAAAAAACCGGUACAGAUGGGAUCAAAACGACACUCCGACGGCGAGGAAGACGCAUACGUGCCCUCGAGAGGCUCCAGCCAGGAGGAUGCCAGGCUGAUCCAAUCCGAAAACGAGCCGCCGGCUCCCACGUCGAGGCCCGGUUUUGGGCUGCGGAGGCUUGGCCCGACGUUUCUGCUGUCGCUGUCGAAUCUCAUCUCGCUGUCGGCUUUGCUGCUGCUGCUCGUCACACGCGACAGCUCGGCGAGGCCUUGUGUGCCGGACAAACACCCGCACUGGAUUGCGCCCGAGAUCCCCGUCACCAAGAUCCUCGAGGCUAGCGAUGACUACACACGUCCGCCGGACGAGGACGAGUUGAAGGCUUGGGGCCACCUCAUGCCGUUGGGCAGAGGCCUCGUCAUGGUCAACAGAACCGGCCUCCCCGAAAUGCCAGGCCUGAACAUGUCCUCUCCACGCGGCGCGUCAGGCUGGACUGGCAUCGCCCACCAACUACACUGUCUUUACUCGACCAAACACGCCUUUUACGACCUCUACUACAACCGCACCGGCGACAAGACGCAACCCCUCUUCGGCGUCGGCUGGCAGCUCGAGCACCUCAACCACUGCUGGGACUACGUGCGGCAGACCAUCAUGUGCAACCCGGACCUGACGGUCGAGUGGCGGGGCGAGCACGAGGGGACGGGCUGGGGCUACCAGCGGCAGUGCAAAGACUGGGGCCCGAUCUACGACUGGCUCGAGAAGCACCGGAUCACGAACGACCGCGGCAUCUUGGCGCUUGGGUACGAGAGAAGGCCGUUGGAUACCAGUCGUGUGCCGGGGGUUUGGUCGAAUAAGGACCUGGAAGACAUUGAUGUUUAG